ACCCACUCUCACUUCAUCUAUGACAUGUGUUGGUUGUGAAGUGUGUAGAAAAAUAGAUAAUGUCGAAAAACACUUCCUUCCAAGACGAUGUGCCAUGGAGAGCUUCAUCAUCUUCACUAAAACCAUUACCCAAAAUUCACCACUCUCCCAUUCUUCGCGUUUCUCACACACCUCUCUCCGAUUAUGCAAUUUCCAUCAUGAGGCAUCCAGAUCCUAUAGGGAAUGGUUUGAGUGAUGAGGCUAUAGUGGAAGCAGCUGGUCCUGAAUGCUUAGUACCUGGUCAAAUUACUCCCAUUAAACUACUUGGUCUCAAGGUCUGGCCUAUCGAAGUUGACUUGAAAUUUUUGGAACCCGUCGGGCGAGAACUUAAGGCGCUUGGGAAGGUCUUGGAUGAUGCUGUGGAACUUAUGAACAAAUCAUUCAUAGAUCGCUGAUACGAUGAUAUUUAUGAAAGGUGAAGAUUCGGCUCGUUUUGUAUCCAGUCUUAGUACUUACAUUUUCCCAAGAGAGCAAUCUAAGACAGUUUUGUCCUGAACCCCUUCCUUCCCCAUUUCUUUUAGUAUACCUCUUUUCUAAUCACUUAUUUAACUUGUUCAUAAAAGUCUAGUACCUCUUUUUUAAUCA